UGUACAGAUUUCUCCCAGCACAGUCAACCUGCAGGGCACUGGAAUGCAAAGACUUUAGCCCACACAAAGAGGAGAGGAAACAGAGUGAGCACUGAGACUCUGAAGACCUGACAACCUACAUGCCUCCAUGGGGAACACCAGUUUUACGGAAGGGAAGACUGCCCUGUCUGUGGGUGGCUCUUCAAUAGCCAGGGGAAAGACUUCCAUCACAAUGGGCAAAUCCUCCAUCACCCGUGGGGUCACCACUACCUCUAUGGGCGACUCUACCAUUACCAGAGGCAAAACCACCAUCUCCCUGGGCAGAGCCAGCUUUAGCAGAGGCAAAACUACAACCUCCAUCCGUAAGGCCUUCAUGCCCAAGCGCAGGACCAAAUAGAUGGAAAAGAGAUCGGCAUACGCUGAAACAAAGAGCAAGACUUCAACGGCAAGGAAGAGCACUGAGAAGGAUGAGACAACAGAUCUAGAGCAAGAGGAAGACUCAAAAGCCUCAAAAGGAAAGGCUUCUCUUCUACUAAGAAAGACUUGCUUUACAAAAGGGAAAAUCAGACUGAUGAAAAGCAAAAAGGCCAUCUCAUGGGGGAAGACGCUUCUUUCGAGGAGCAAGACCAAACUGAGGAAGGGAGAGACUGCAUUUGUGGUGGGUACAACUACAAUCACUCAUGGGGAGACUACUAGUUCUUUGAGCAAGGCCACUUUAAGUCAAGGGGAGAAGUCUGUCACUGUAGUUAAGACUUCCCUCAAAAGAGGCAAAGAAAAGCAAUGGAAUCUCUACUGGGAUUUUCAUCUGUGACUUAAAGACACAAAUGUAACUACAAACAGUAUAUGUACAGUGUAUGUGUAUAUUUCCAGAAAGACUGACUCUGAAGUAGAGGGUACAAGAAGGUUGGAUGUCUUGUGAGAUGCAAGUGUUUGCCAGCAUGCCAUAGAAUAGCACACAAAUGCAUUCUAAAGGGCAAAACGAAGUGUAUGUGUACUAUAAAUUAGCUUGGAAUAAGAAUGAUGUCUUUGUCCCUGAAGGAGAAUUUAGUUGAUUUGAAGAUAAAGACUUGUACGAGAGAAUAUGUUCAGAUACCAGAUGCCAAACUGGUGUACAUGAAGAGAACAUGCAUGCAUGGAUGUGUGAGGGUGUGCACUGCCACAAGCUCUUAUUGUUCACAUGCAGAAGGGUUUGAGUUGGAUGAUCCAGAUCUGGAUCUUGCAAGUGGAAUUGUGUUAACUAGUUAAACAAAACUAACCAAGUCAUAGUAAAAAGUUUAUGAAAUUAAUUGCAAUUAAAAUGUGCCUUGUUAACAGACCUCUUAAUCUUGCAUUAGUGUAAACAAUAUCAACCAGUAUAACAGUGAAUUAAGUCAGAAUUGUCAAUAAAUAGACCUUUAAAAUGGUUCAACAUUCUAUGUGUCUCUCUUUAACAAAUCAGAGGGUUCCUAAGCAGGUCACACACUCACCAGAAAGUAUGAUAUGAGCCUAGUCGCAUCUUGUGUUAAAGGCACAGCACACUGUGCUGCUAUUCUUAUGUCAGACUGCACAAUCAUAGCCAAGACAUUCAGGUAUAACUAAAUUGACUACACAUAUCGGGAAUCUGACAUAUGAAACACGGGAAAGUAGAUUACAUCCUUGUGUUUCAGCCUCAGUAAAAACAACACCUUUUUAAAUGCCAUGUACAGUACAACUCAAGGCAUUGGAUAGCAGUUCUAGGGAGGCACAAUGCCACGGAACUGAGUGAUGUCACCACUGAUUGUGCAGCUCAACAAUGUGUUCUUCAGUGCCUCGCUUUAGCAACGGUACAAUGCGGUCUACUGUCCGCUCUGCCCCCAGAUAGAACUAAGGCCUCCUACGGCAGCCUCUGUCCAUUCACGGCACACAGGGUAGGUAUGUGGCCUUGCGAAGCCCACGUUACACUGCUCAACAAGUGCUUUAUGCUGCUGCAUGGGGGUUGCUCUCACCACGCAUAGCAUUCUGGUUCCAUCCUGACACUAGCUGUUUGGACUGUCACACCCAGCCGGGCACUGCCUGAGUGUGUUGAGUGGUGAGAUGCGACGCUGCCAGGGCAUACGAUGAGCCACCAUAACCUCAUCGUGUAGGCGCAGGAGACCUCAAGAUUCCCAAGGGAGCAUAGAAAAAAUCUAACCCUGAACGUGCUCCAGGUCAGGUUAUCAAGGCUGGCUGCUUGAGGGGACCUCCUGGAGCUUCUCCACCACUUUCGGAUUCGCCAUGGGUAACACGAGUAUCACUGAGGGCAAGACGGCCCUGAACCUGGGAAGCACAUCGAUCAAGAGAGACAAGACCAAGAUUUUGAUGGGAAACUCCUCUAUCUCCCGCGGGAAAAGCACAACAUCCCUGGGCUCCUCCACCAUUACCAGUGGCAAAAUGAAGAUUUCCAUGGGUGCCGCCUCUUUUAGCCGAGGCACCAAGUCUACGUCCUUCCGAAAGGCUUUUUUGCCCAAGAGGAAGACUCUUUAACGGGAAGUAAGGCUAAAUCUAUGGGGAGGGUAUAGGGUGCUGGGUGUGGGAUGUGGGGACUGUAUCACCAAGCUGGGAAAAAAAGAAAACAAAAGCAAAUAUCACCAACAGCCAAGAAAACAUCAUCAUCAUCAUCAUCAUCAUCAUCACAGUGUACUUUCUGUGGAGAUAAUUCACUGAAUCUUGCAUCGCUUUCUUGCCAUUGCAAAAAAAAAAAAAAAAACCUUUACCUUUCGGAACAAGUUUCUUAUUUUGAUUUCAUUACUUGGGAAUACAUCAUGAAUGCAGAGUUCUUGAAUCACCGGAGUCCACACCUUUACAUUACUAGCUUCAGCUGUCCGGAAAACUUUCUCAAGGAGAUGCGCUAAACUGGCCAUUCCAUUUUUAUUGGAAAGUCAAGACAUGAGAACAUCGACAAGAGCUGAUCUUUGACUGCUGGAACUCUUACCUCUCAACUUUUGACCAGGGAGGCAGCCAUCAUGCCCUAUUGUACCCUACAAUGUGGUUUUGCCCUUUAGUGACAAUGCCACAGCCAUCCAUUGUUACAGAUCUUAUGGAAACCUCAAUCCAAAACAUCUUACAUUGGACUCAAGGUAUCCCGAUAGUAAAAACCAACCAACAAACAUAUAUAAACGUAUCAUGAGUGCCCUUAUUUUGAAGCUUUUUUAUUUAGCCUGACAUUUGUUUAGUCUGAGUGAAAAAACUGAUGAAACUGUGUGACUGUCUCUAGUUAUAUUAUGUCAAUGAUCUAGACUGUAUACUGUAUGUGUAACCAUUGUAGAAGAAGCAUGCGAAAAAUGCGAAAUCACUAAUGCUUUUGAUCUUAGCAUUGAAGGAACUGGACGGUGGGUGGGUUAUGGUGGGGAGUGAAAUUAACCAUGUUUCUGUUGGUCAGAACCCUUCUCCGCAAUGUCAGCAACUCUCAGUUUUAGCAAAGAUGCUUCAGAUAAACACACUGGCUCAAUUUGGGAUUUACUAUGAAAACUACACCCCCCCCCCUCCCUCUGGGUAAACUAAUUGGCAAGUUUAAACACUCCAGAAAUUCUACCUGGUUAAAGUUCGUUAUAGACUAUUCAACAGCUUUCAUAAAUAAGCAUUUACACUGAGAGACAUGACAAUGGGAAUGAGGGUUUGAUGAUUGAGAGUGAAGGAAAUAAAACGUAAUAAACUCCUGAUCUCAACCUACCAGAGAAAUACAGACACAUGACAGAGACACAACAUGUCCCCCCUAAGGGAAAUAUAAAGUAACUGAGCUAAUCGUGAUCCAAUUAAAUUAAGAACUGUUUGAGAUUUCUUUGCUAGCAGCCUUUAAUUGUAAUUCAGAUUUUUUUUUCUUGUCAAGUCCUGUGUCGCUUGUCGUUAAAUGUUACAAACAGCUCUGGCGUGGCCGCAUGAGGGAUGUGGGUUGUAGAAAAAGGCCUCUGCCCUUUUCAACAAGAGUGUCUUUGUGUUUAUAAUCAUCUGUAAGGUCUGAAGUCCAUUUUUGUCAUUCUUUGUUGUUCAUUUUUUCACCAUGCAUUUGCAUAGUAUGUGUUUCAUGUGUUUAACAACUCCUACGUUAUGUCAUCCCGAUGGUAGAACCUUGGACAGUUCGGUUCUAACCACUGUGCUGUAUGCUUAAUAAAUAUUUGUUGACAUUAA